UCCACAACACUCUGCUCCACACACACUCACAGUUACACACAUUUUCACCUGGAAGCUGCCCAAUACAAUCACAGCCUGAUCUAUUGCCCACUGAGCACCUCCACUGAAGCAAACAGGGGUUAAGAGCCUUGCUCAAGGACAUCUCAGUGGUGGCAGCAAGGGAAGGGGACCGUGGGUGCAGCCUAAAUGACGAAGUUCAACUUGUUCAAGCAUCAGACAACGCCGAUGGUAGCUGCUCAGCCAACGGGGGCCAGUGCCUUGACUGUGACUCCAGCCCCUGUCGCAGUAGUCUCUACUGACAACACCACCGAACCAGUCAACAAGAACGAUGCCUUCGAUGAGAUCAGAAACAAGUUUCUGAAUCAGUUCGACAAGAUCCCACUGCCGUCCUGGGCCAUCAUUGCCAUUGCCGUGGUCGCUGCUUUACUCAUUCUAACAUGCUGCUUCUGCAUCAUCAAGAAAUGCUGUUGCAAGAAGAAGAAGAACAAGAAGGGCAAGAAGGGGAAGGGGGACAUGGGAAUGAAGAACCUGAAAGGGGGAGAGGAUGAUGAUGAUGAAGAAGAUGACGUUGAGCCCGGACUCACUGGAGAUGAGAAAGAGGAAGAAGUGAAGGAGAAAGAAAAGCUCGGGAAGCUGCAGUACUCCAUUGAUUAUGACUUCCAGGAGAACAAGCUGGCUGUUGGAAUCCUGCAAGCAGCUGAUCUCCUCUCCAUGGACAGCGGUGGCACCUCUGACCCCUAUGUCAAGGUCUUCGUCCUCCCUGACAAGAAGAAGAAGUUUGACACAAAGGUUCACAAGAAAACGCUCAAUCCUGUCUUCAAUGAGAGCUUUACCUUCAAGAUUCCAUUCCAGGAGAUGGGAGGGAAGACUCUGGUAAUGUCAGUCUAUGACUUUGAUCGCUUCUCUAAACAUGAUGUCAUCGGUGAGAUUAAAAUACCCAUGAACACCCUUGACCUGGCAAAGGCAAUUGAGGAGUGGAGAGACCUGGACAGCGCAGAUCAAGAAGAGCCGGAGAAGCUGGGUGACAUUUGCAUCUCGCUGCGUUAUGUCCCCACUGCUGGCAAACUCACCAUUUGUAUACUGGAGGCCAAGAACCUGAAGAAAAUGGACGUGGGUGGACUGUCAGAUCCCUAUGUGAAGAUCAACCUGCUGCAGAAUGGAAAGAGGCUGAAGAAGAAGAAGACGACGGUGAAGAAGAACACUUUGAAUCCUUACUACAAUGAGUCCUUCAGCUUUGAGAUUCCUCUUGAGCAAAUGCAGAAAAUCCAAGCUGUGAUCACAGUGCUGGAUUAUGACAAGAUUGGCAAGAACGAUGCCAUCGGGAAGAUCUGGGUGGGGAACAAGUGCACAGGGGCCGGGCUGAAACACUGGUCCGACAUGCUAGCCAACCCCCGUCGCCCCAUCGCCCAGUGGCAUCCACUGCAGCCAGAGGAGGAGGUGGAUGCCGCCCUCGCAGCCCUGAAUGCCAAGAAGUAAACUCCCACCAGAACACAUUGUCCUCCACCUCCACCAACCCAUACAUUUCCCAUCAUUUCCCCAGGUCCCACAUAUCAGUGUAUAUUCCAGAAGAACACCGCCCCAAUCUCCCCAACCCCUCCCACCCCCCUUUUUUCCUCUCCUACUGCCACCUUUCAAAAGAUCCAUAGAAAACCAUUUGACAUGAUGGGAAAUAUAGUUUAAAAAAGCCUCAUGUUAUAUUAAAUCAUGUCAUUGAGAAAAGAAGACAAGUUCCAGGAUGGACAGAUACUCCGUUGAUUUCCUUUAGAUCUAUUUUUGUAUUGGGGUUGUGGUUCCAUUAUUAAGAAUACAGAGUAGACUAUGAAGAACAGUUAGAGUGCUUAUAUGGGUAUCUGGUGAUAGAGGGGAUAAAACAUACAUCACUCAUAUUGUACUUCUCACCCUUUCCCUUUAGUGACACAGUUUGCUUAGAAUAGUGCUUAAUAAUAAAAUGCUUUAUACUGCCAUAUUGAUAGAGAAAUAACACAAGCAGGUCCAUUCCUUAGGUGUAUUGUGCACCAUUUUCCACACCUGCCAGUUAUCAUACUAGAUGAUUCUGUUUGUUUAAAGUACAUUCCUAGAAUUGGGUAGCGAGUAGGGAUAGGCACAUAUCCAGUUACCCACAAACACACUGCCUUUUUGAUUAGUUGACCUUCCACCCAUCGUCUCAGGAAAACUGAGAGGAAACUGAAACUCCAUGCCUUUUUUUCUAAACGGGUUGUUCUUAUUCAAACACUUCACUCGAUGAGAAAGAAACGUUGGAUACAAAAGCUUGACCACUUGUGUUUUUUUCAGUGAUGUAAGGCUCAUGACUAGCGUUAGUUUAUCCAUGAAAUGGUACGUUGGGGGAAUUGGAGGGAGUGAUGGAUUUUCAGUAAAGAGGGUAUUUAUUUACAAGGUGUCGAUUACUGCCUGCAGUCUACCACCUCCCCUCCCAACGCCUCUGAUUCUGUAUCUCACUUGUUCAGUGCUACUGCCAUUAGUCAUGGACUUGACACAAGGGUUUUACUUCAAAGGAAUCCCUAUAACCGUCUUACAGUCAUAAAGGAGACAAGCCUUCCAAGUAACAAAAUAAGCAAUUUUCAACUACCAGGGACGCCUUCCAGUUAGCGGUGUUGUUCUCUUCAUUUCUUCCUUUCUUUCUUUCUUCUUUUUUUUUCUGUUUUAUUUUAUUUCACUUUAAACAACACUUUUAUUCCUCGAGCACUUUAAAUCCAAAUGUUGCAUCUAAGUACCCUUAGAAACCAGAGCUUUAAUUAUUUAUGUUAGGAAUAAUUAUUUAUGUAAUAAUUGCUGGUUUUUUAGGAUAAAAAAAGAGCAAAGGGAAUACAUUAUGUGAGCAGGGUUUUUUUUAUUUGUUGCUUUGUUUUGCCUCAGCUUUUUGUGAUUGUGUUUUUUGAUUGUUUGAAUAUUACUUUUCUCACUUGAUUGCAAGGAUAUGGUCUGGAAGAAGGCACUGAUCCAUGUGUAUUUCAUACACAACUUACCAAACAGUUGAAUUUAAUUGCACUACUGGGUAUUAUUCUGUUCUGAUAUGACAUUGUUUUUGAUCUGUGUUUUUUUUUUUUUUUUUUUUGUGACCAAAUGUUGUGAGAUUGAAUCUUUUUAUGGCACACAUGGCAUGCCAGACAGGUCUCUUAAUAUAAAUGGACUCUUCUAAUAAGAAAACAAGACACAUUUCCAUCUAAUGCUGCUCCCUGGCUCCUUCACAGAAUGUAAUUGGUUCAGUGUUGUAGAUAUUCUGUUGAAGGAAAAUUGUGUGGAUGAACGUGGAGAAAAAUCCAAAAUGUUGUUGCCCUGAAUAAAUUGAUGAAAGCUAAAUUGUUCAUUAAAAUCCUGAGUUGCAUCAGGUGCUUGGACCCCAGUAUACCUGCUUACAGGUCUAGUUCUUAACUAAAACUAGUCUGUGAGCACCAACAGCAAAAAUCACCAGUUGACUGUGUGCAACAAAAACGCAAAGUCAAUGUAAAUUUGGAAUUUAACGAAUGUCGGCUCUUCUCUCUAUUGGAAAUUGUAUCUCUUUAUUUUUUUUUUUAUAACCACCAUACACCAUGUUCAGAUUUCUGUUUUGUAACUCACAUUAUCUUUUUUUUUCUUUCUGUUGAUGAAGCAACACUAAAGAAAAGGCAACAUGGAAGCAAUCAAGCAACCCAUUUGUGUGUAGUUUUGCCUAUAUACAUAGUUCAUACACGUUGAUACUGCAUGUUUAUACAAAAAUACUGUACAUAAGAGCAUGUUUUAGAGACAAAGCAAAAAUAUCUCGUGUACGUAAAUGAGUGUCAUUUGUCAUUUUAAUACAGUAACACAACGAAGGGAAAAAGAUGCACUGUAUAUUUUCUAAAUGAAACAAAUCUGUAUUUAUUUUCCAUGAGGGUCAUUGGAGAGAAUGUCAUACAAAUAUUAGAGUACUAUUACUAAUAAGAACCUUUCCACGCCUGAAAUUCUUAAGCAAGUGUGUCGUCCAGUACUGUGUGUGAGUUCAUGUAGGAUGAAAAUGUAGCCGCAUGCUUGCUAUCUAACUCCUUGUGAUCCAAGAUUUUGAUUUGAAGCCAUUGAUCUGCCAUACAUUUUGUUUCAGCACUUAUCUGAAGGCCAGUGUUUGACUUGUUUCUAAAUUUUAUUGAUAUUGAUUUUUUUUUUUUUUUUUUUUUUUUAAAGGUAGGUUUUCAAUUUUUGAUGUAUGGAAUGGGGGGUCUCCAAGUCUAUAAGCUGACAAUUUUCAAACAGCAGAUUAGGCACAGUGUUAAUAUCUCAUUACAAGAAGAUUGAAUAAUUCUUGGAUCUGCAGGCAGAUUGCAGUCAUUAUUUCUGCCAGUGCUGACCAAGAAUGAAGUCUGUUGGAUCAUAUCUUUAUAUAAAAUGCAUUUCCAGGGGCCAAAAGAUGAAUAAUCCCAUUCCAGUGAUCACGAAUGACUUGGAAUCCCUUCUUCCCUCUUUGUUUACCUGGGACUUUUUAUUUUCCACUUCUAUUUAAAUGACCUGAAAAACUUUCACGGCUGUGUCUCUUUUACUGUGUUUAUUAUACGAUAUGUGUACAUGUAUACAAGAUAAAUGAAUAAGAUAAAACUAAAGCCAUAAAACUCAAGCACUAACUCUUUAGUAGAGCUCAGCUGAGUAGCUAGAGUUGAUUUAUGAAAAAAAAAAGUCUGACAUGUCUUUUUCCUUGGCCAGUGUUUCUCUUUUACAUUCCGUUCAGAGGUCUUUGUUCAUCAAGAGGGCAAAAUCCAUUUUACUAUAUAUGUGAGCAUUGAGAACAGUUGUGAGUUUAGUAGAGUGAGUGUGUCUUUUUCUACUUUCAGAGCUGUUGAUGUCCUUGUUUCAUAGAGGUAGCUGAUUUUACAGUAUUGUGAUUAGUAAUGUAUAUGCCUUGUUUUGAUAGUAUGGAUUAUAGAUAUAAUAUCACAAUAGGUUAUCAAUAAUACUGCUAAAAUGAUAUAUAUAAAUAUAUAUAUAUGAAAGUGUGUUCUAUUCAUGGGCUGAGUGCAAUUUAUGAACCAAACUGGGUCACUCUUCAAGUUUCUCUUCUACCACUUCUACAUCAAAAUGUAUUAGUGAUUACAUAUAUUGUGUAAAUCAGUGGCUCACACUGACAUCUUUUUUGGUAGUAUUAAGAAAACAAUGAAGUCAGAGCUCCAAUAAUAUUAAAGCAAAAAGAGAGAAACUUAAAACAGUGGCACCCAUGUUUUAGGCCUGAAUCCCUCCCAUAGAACUAUGCAUAGAGUUUUGAUUUUCACAAACGUAUUGCUAAAAAGUACAAGAAAAUGUGGAAAUACGUAUCAUGUCAUGUACAUGAUAUGAAAUUAAGUGAAAAGUUUGACAUUUUGGGAAAUAAGAUGAGGAGAUCACUACCACUCUCAUGUCUGUCUGAGCCAGAAGAUGAUUAGCUUAGCCACCUCCUGGUUAUAGCUUCAUACUUACUGGACAGAUAUCUGGUGUCAAUCGUCUCAUCUAAUGCUUGGCAAGAAGGCGAAAUACUCUUAUUUCCCAAAAUGUUGAACUCUUCCUUUAAGUUUACCUCAGUCGCAGAAUUAUAAGUUAAACUGCCACAUCUAUCCUGGUAACAAUCUCCAGUGUGCUGCGUGAUGCCGCACAUUGUCUGAUGCAAUAUUACGAGUCAAUCUCCUUUAUUCACUGUCCCAUUAACGCUAUUGAAUGUGACCAAAUAAUGCACUGAGAAUGAUUUAAAUAGAUGAUUUCAGUGUGUUUCGAAAAUACUGCCAGUACCUGAUUACAGUUGCCUACAUUCGUCACCACUGUUUGAAUCUACAAUGCCAAAAUAAUUCACGCAGAGGCAAACAGAACACAUCAGAUGAUGAGGCAAAUGUGAUUGCAGGUUAAUUUAUAGCACAUUUAAGAGAUUUUUUUUUAAUUUCCUUUAACUGCUCGGGUCACUAUACGGUCACAUGACCAAUUAAGUUCUAUGGGGGACAGAGUGUGUGUGCUUGUGUAUGUGGGUUAAAUAGAUGAAGUGUAGGCCCUUUAGCAGACAUGGUGCAAAAAUCUGCACUAGAAUAUAUAACUACAAUAUACACUACAGGUCUGCAUGCAUGGGACACAUUACUCAUUCUUAAAUGUACAUCUCUGUGUGUGUGUGUGUGACUGUAAUACUCAAUCUUAAAAAAUAUUUGAAAUAUGGGGGUUAAUAUGUUCUGUUGAUAGCUGUGUAGAUGUACAAUACCUUAUGCACAACUGCAUCUGAAACUGAGACAGUUUUAGAGCACUGUUCACACAGCUAGUUGUGUAUUUUGUUCGGAUUCUUUUUUAUGUUGUCCUUUUUUUUUUCUUUUCUUUUUUAACAAACGGUGGGAUUUAAAAAGGGAAACCAUCCAAAGUUCAGUAGAUCAUUUACCAUCUUGUCAACAUGCAUUGAAAAGCCUCUCAGCGGGUAAAGACACCACUUUGAAACAUGUUGUCUUGUCUCCUCUAUUACUCGCUGUAUUUCUUCUUUGUAUUCUUGUGCAUAUGUGUAAUCACUCUCUUCUUCUCCUAUUUUUUGCUUUCCGUGAUGUGUAUACUUCUGAUGUAGAAUGUAGAGACUGUGUUGAAUCGAUGCCAGACAUAUUUCACCUUGCUUUAUGUUUGUGUCUUUGUCCUGUUUAUGUGUAACCAGCUAUGUACCAUCAGUAUCAUUAUGCUGAAUAGGAAGCAGGAUCAUUGAGUUCUUCACUGAAUCUGCUUUUGCUGAGCGUAAAGAAUGCCGGCCUUCAUGUUUACAACAUGGACAUACUGUAUACUGCCAAACAUGCAGGACCGUACCAAACUCCCCCCCCCCCCCCCCCCCCCUCUUGAGCGCUUAGUUCUCCACCUCUCCUCCCUGAUGCAACUGUAUUCUCAAGACUCUUUUUUCUGUUCCUUUCUCAACUCUUUCUCUUCCUCAUCAUCUUUUAAAGCAUAGGAGGACAGUCAGGUUGUGUCCUCUAGCUGUGUUUCUUCGUGUCUAGUGUCGUGGUGCGCGUGUUCAUGUCAGUACUUGUGCCUACUGUGGAUCGCAUGCUUUAGCCCUUGACUGGACACAAACGUUGCUCACAAACUCCUCUUGACCCUUAUGUGGACAAACGUUGGGGAUCCUUAUAAAAAUUAUCAAGGGAACCAAAUAACUUAUUACAAAUUUAUCAUAUGUGUUACCAGUUCUGUAAAAAACAAAUAGGAAAUAAAGGCCUUU